ACCUUCUUUCUUUCAUUUCUUUCUUAUAGAAAUUCUUCCUUCUCCAAUGCCGGUGGUAGAAAAACAGCUCAAAGGAUCCUGCUGGCAUGUGUGCUCUCCCUCUGCAGCCUCCUUGGAGCUGUUUCCUUUGAUCUGAGCAGCAGCUUGGAAGCAUGGAGGAGCACAAGGAAGGCCCUUCAGGAACUUGCCUCCUGUGAAACCCUUUGGGCCAUUCGCCUCAUCUCUGUGCUGCAGGAAGAAAAGCACAGCUGGCUGUUCCCAGCAGCAGACAAGAGGAAUACAUCAUUUCAUGCUCAGCUAUUAGAGAAUCUCAACUCCCUCUGUAAGGCAAGCAAAGCAGAACAGCCUUGUGAGGAUUGUCGAUGCAAGAAGGAGAAAAUCUCUACCUGUAGGCUUUACAUCAUUGACAUGAGACAGAGAAUGAAUAGCACAGGGGAUAGUGAGGCCAGUAAGAUGCUAUCUGGAGUGAUUUCUGAGCUGCUGGGGCUUUUUAGUAGUCCCCAUGAAGACCUCAAAGCUAUGCGACGCAAUCCUGACUGGGCAGACGUAGUGGCUUUUAAACUCAUCCUUCUGAUAGGAGAAGCUGUGCUGGAAGCUCAGUUAAUGCCAGUACCCAUCAGCCUUCAAACAACACUGCAUCAGCUUGCAGCCAUUCUCAACUAUGCUAUCUUCUCAUCAGAGAACUUUCAGAAGUGCUGGAGGGAUAACAUCAACCAGUCGCUUCAUUUCACCUCCUCUGAAAUGAUCUAUUUUUUCACUCCAUUCCUGGGCUCUGGUGAAUUUGCCUCCAUUGAAGCCUUGUUAAAGGGACUUCUUAGUGUGCAGAGCUGCCUCCUGCAGAGGGGACAGGAAGAGCUCAUCAAGAAAUCUAAAGAAAUCCUGUUCACAACGAGCCUGAAGGUCGGCCUGCUAGUAAUAGCCUGCCUCAUUUACCCCAUAACCCUGAUAUUCUUCAAGCAAUUGACAGAUUGGAUUCACAACUAUGCCAGGAGCCUCAAGGAAAAGACACAGGACUUGAAGCGGGAGAGGCAGCUGGCUGAGGACCUCCUGCACCAGAUGCUGCCAAAAUCUGUGGCCAAGCAGCUAAGGAAAUGCCAAAGAGUCGAGGCAGAAAACUAUGAUCAGGUGACCAUCUUUUUCUCGGACAUCGUGGGCUUCACAAGCAUUGCUGCCUCCUGUACCCCCCUGCAGGUUGUCGAGAUGCUCAACAAUCUCUACAUCUGCUUUGACAGCAGGAUUGAGUCUUACGAUGUUUACAAGGUGAGGACAAACCCGCAGGCAAGGAGAGACCAUGUAAAAACCUCCUCCUGCUCGUAA